AUGACUUCUGGCAAGACAGAGCCAUCCUCUGCAGACAGGCAGGCGGCCCCGCCGGAGUCGGUUGGUUUCCAGAAUGGAGGAGCCACUGUCAAUGGAGAUGUUUUUCAGGAGUCCAAUGGCCCCACAGAUGCCUAUGCAGCCAUAGCCAAGGCUGAUCGGCUGACCCAGGAACCUGAGAGCAUCCGCAAAUGGAGGGAGGAGCAGAAGAAGCGCCUGGAGGAGCUGGAUGCAGCAUCGAAAGUGACUGAGCAGGAAUGGCGUGAGAAGGCCAAAAAGGACCUGGAGGAGUGGAACCUGCGUCAGAAUGAGCAGAUGGAGAAGAACCGAGCAAACAACAGGAUCGCUGACAAAGCCUUUUACCAGCAGCCGGACGCCGAUGUGAUUGGCUAUGUGGCCUCAGAGGAAGCAUUCCUGAAGGAGUCCAAGGAGGAAACCCCAGGCUCAGAGUGGGAGAAGGUGGCCCAGCUCUGCGACUUCAACCCCAAGAGCAGCAAGCAAAGCAAGGAUGUCUCGCGGAUGCGCUCGGUGCUCAUCUCCCUCAAACAGACACCCCUGUCCCGCUAGUUGCCAUCUGGCACAGCCAGGAGUGCAGCAGGGCAAGGCCCUUCCCCUUGCCCUGCUGCUCACCAAGGCGGAUGGCUUCACGGGGUCAGCUCACACAAGGGGCCUAUGCCCUACCUGCCCUCUGGUCUCUGGUGUGCGCCUUGGCUGUGCUCAAAUCAAUGGUUGUAACUCUCCCCAUGGUUUUCCUUUGCUUAAAAGGUGCAUUGGUCUCUUUUUACACUUAUUUAUUACUGUGGCAUUUCCCUGGGAAGCGACACUGGGUGGCAGAGCUGAGUUAGCAGAGAAGCCUCCAGACAGAGUAACGCCCAGCUGCCUGGCAGGGUGAAAAGGAGAACACCUCCCACUCGGUGUCCUCCAUCUCAUCCAGAGCUACACUAAGAGCAAACUUGCACACCUCCUGCCUGUGGCAUGAGAGCCCUUUGUCUGGGAUUGGGUCCUAACCCUGGGGCAGAGAUACUGGGGGGACUUGGUUCCUUUCUGCCCUCCUGUGGGAGUUUUAGAGCAGAACUGGCUGUAGGGCUGGGGGUAAGGAACACCCUAAACUCAUCUCCACAACACAAGGUCCCACAGGGAGCAUAGCAGCAGCAUGAUGCCACAGGGCUGGUGGGGACGGAGGGAUGUGAGUGUGGGCACACGACCUGGCCAUGCAUUCCAAAAAGCUGGCAGUUGCAGUGUCGAUAUCCCAUCUGACCUGUGGGGCUGCUCUCGGCAGACAGCUCUGUGGUGCAGGGUGCUGAAAAGAAGCCACAGGACAAGCAUGCAGGAAGCUUCUUGACCCUCCUACAAGGCCACUGGCUGUUGGGAAGAUGGAGUGCUUAGCUUUGGGGGCCCUUGGCUCCGUUCUGUGCCUUCCCCUACUUUGAGGGAGGCAGCUGGAGGCUGUGUGGCUGCAGGGAAGCAGGUAGCAAGGUCCAGCUGCUGUGGGACAAAUCAAACCUCCAGUUCCCUCACCCAGAGACAAAUAACAGGAUUAGGCAGAGGUCUGGUGCUACGGCUUUUGCUCUCCCCAGAGAACAAAUCACACAUUUGUCUGCAGCUGGACAGCUGCUCUGUGGCUUCAGUUUGCCCAUGUGCCACUGGAUUUGCAUACCAAAAGCAGUAUGGCAAGAUGCAGGUCCUGUUCAUUGCCUCAUCAGAUGCACUUUCCAGCCCAAACACUCGCUUUCUCUCCUCACUUGGCAGGACUGGCACCAGCCCCUCUGGCUUUGAGCCCCAGCCCUGGAAACCUGCAGAACUGGUUAGCUGAAGGGGUAUUGAUAAGGUCUGCUUACACCUUGCAACAGAGCAGCUUGCUGUGAGCUUGUGCCCUAGGACCAGCCUGUUGUGGAUUGGGGAAAGGCCUGCAGCAACAGCCUGAGGGGACAUGGAGCAGAGUGCAUAAACCAUUUGUCAAAGCUUUGCUGCAGAGCCCUGCUCCACCAGUAAAUUCAAUACAUAGAGCUCUUUUGCAGUGACAGCUCCACAAAUCAAGGUUGUCUACCCUCUUACUGCAGUCCUGGAGGGAUGACCUGGCACCCGUAACCAUGGCUCAUAGGCACAACAGUAGCUCUGCAGCUGCCUGACAGGCCUGGAGAAUGCUGUCAUCUUUGGUAGUGGGCUGGAAAAGGGAGUGGGUGUGUAGCAAUUACUGUGUUUUGUGCUGGGAUUGUGCCCCUUGUCUGUAUGGCUGAUCACUCCUCCUCUGUGUCCCUGCACCGCAGCACAUAUAGGCAUCUCUGCUGUGGUGCAGGAUGGACCCAGGGAUCUGGCUGCCUGCAUCUGCCUUUCUUUGCAGAGCAGCUGGAAGAGCCUCUGGCUGCGCUCUGGGCCUGCAGUCCUAGCAAGUAGCCAGGCUCUGCACUCCCCUGGUUGCCGUGCACCCUAUGUUGGGCAGGGCAUCUUGGGGAGCAGUGCCCACUGCUGUUCUACAUCCCUUUGGCUUUGGUAUAUGUGACUGUUCAAAUCACCUGUUACAAUAAACCGACAUCUCCAAACUGA